AUCGCAAGUCGCGACACGAGCAAAGCGAACGCAAAAGGUGUACGAGCCAGGGGGGCGGGGGAGCGAAGAGCAAGUGACGAACUUACGGCCAACAGCAGCAGCAGCAGGAACAACAACAACAACGGCAACCGGCCCGUUUGGAACAGCGCGCAUGCCACACACAGUUUAAAUAUGUGAAAUUAGUACAAAUCGUGAUUUCAACAGCGAACGACGAGCGACGAACGAGCGUCGACGAAGUGGCGACAAAAAAAAAGCUCGAGCGAGCAGCAGCAGCAGCAACAACAACAACAGCAAAAGCCACGGGCAACAACAGUGGCAGCAACACAGCAAUAACAAACGCUAGAAAAGCAGCAACAAGUCACCUCCACCAGCAACGGCGGUAAUAGCAACAGCAAUAAGUGAUAACAUCAACUGGAAUAUCAGAAGACACAAAGAAAAAAGCGAGGCAGCAGCAAAAACAGAUGAUGCCACAACUGCAACACUGAGAGCACACAUUAAAAACGUCCAAAAAAGUACACCAACCAUAAAACGACUGUUACACCAACGAGUAAGCCAACAGCAACACAAACAAUUACAACUGAAUAAGAUAACUUCCUUAAUAAUACACCAACACUUACACCAAUAGCUAGAAAAACCCUAACAAUUUUAAAUUCAACAAAAUAAGCAGUUACAUUUUUCAAAUAUAAACCAACAACUUCAACAACAACCCUUACACCAACAAUAACAAACACGUCAAUUACAACAAAACAAAAAUUGGUGUUUUUCAAGAAACAUCAACAAUAUACGCCUACAACUACAUUAAUAAGAACAACAACUGAUUCAACAACAGUAGCUUUUAUAUUGGUGUGCGGCUCUCUAGUGGCAACAACAACACGUCGCACGUUUGGGGCGGCAACAACAACAACAUGCAAUAAAACAGCUGAUAGCGACGGCAGCAACAACAAAGCCUGGCAUUAUCAAGCGGGCAACAACAGGUCGCGAAAAAAAAAAAAUAAAAAGCCCGCCUGCUGCAGCACACACACACACAUACACACACGGUCAGUGGAGAGAGGGUGUGAGAGAGUCGCACACCUUUGCGUUGAUUUUGGACGUCGCUCGCCAGCUGAAGCUCUCGCUCGCUCGCUCUCUCCUUCGCGCUGUCCCUCUCUCCCUCUCGCACAAAGUGCAGCUGAGCUGCCGCCGUCGCACUUGCCGCUGCCACAAAUACAACACAACGCUAAAAACGCUGAACGCUCGCCGCCGCCGCUGCUGCCGCCAGUCGAAAGUCAAAAGCAACGUGUUGUGGACGCUUUUUUCGUCGCGUUGCCCGUUGCGUUGCGUUCUCUCUCUCUCUCACUCCUUUUCCUAUCACCAACCAACCAACCAACCAACCGACCGACCGACCAACCAACCGCCCAACCACCCACCACCGCCACCCAACAGCCACCCACUUCCCGCGGCCGGGAAAAACUUUCACCAGCAACAACGAACAACAACAACAAUGUCAAGCAGCGCAGCCGCAGCGCAAUUUAAGCUCGAUGCCAACUCCAAUGCCAUUGCUUUGAUAGCCGAUGUUGCCGCGCUGCCACUCCCCCUCUCGCCCACAUCCACGCCCACUGCAACGGCCGCAACAGCAACGCCAGCUGAUCGCGUUGAAUGGUCCCGCUCGACGAUCCUGAACUUCAUCGAGGACUAUCGCCGGCAACGAGUCCUUUGGGAUCCCAACACCAAGGGCUAUCACAUCAAGCAAACCAAAUACGAGGCCCUGAAACUUUUGAGCCACAAAUAUGGUACGGAAAUACGAUCGAUAAGAUCGAAAAUCAAAUCCCUCCGCAGCUCCUUUCAUCGGGAACAUGGCAAGGUCCUGAGUGGCAGGAACCGGGGAGUUAUCUAUCAGCCCAUGUGGUUUGCCUACGAGGCCAUACGAUUCAUUCUAGAUGGCGAACGAGAUCAGGAUCAGAUUCAGGAUCAAGAUCAAGAUGUCGAAGCGGAAACGGAAGCCGAUGAAAAGCUAACCCUGAUGCACAGCUUGGAUCUGGAGCAGCUGAAAGCGGACAAGCUGGUGGAUAGGGACAUCAUACUGCAGGUGGAACAGCAACAACAGCAGCAGCAGCAACACGAUGAGAUUGCCGCUCGGAUUGCGGCAACUGUGGCCGCUGUUGCUGCCGCUGCGGCGGCUGCGAAUGCCCGUGAUCGCGAGCGGGAAGUGGAUACCGCUGGCGAAAUGGAUACCGCUCGGGAAUUGGAACUCGAGGAGGAAGCGACGGGCGGUACUGCCAUGCUCGAAUCCUCCUCGGCGGCUGUGACACGUUCCUCUUCCGAUUUGGAUGGCGAGAAUUACUGCAAUAUCAGCGCCGAAGAUGUGAAAACAGAAAUUAUUGAACACGAAUCGGAGCUGGGGAUGCUGGAUCGGCGGACGAGCACGCCGUCGCCCAUAAAUUACUACAAGCCGACGGAUCUAACGUACAACCACCGCAAGCGCAAGGCGAUGGGCGUGGAGCACGUUGUGGGCGCUUUGACAUUGACGCCCAUCAAGGCGGUGGGCGGAGCGGCGGGAGCGGGCGGUUCCGCUGGCCAACAGCAGCAGCAGCAGCAGCAUCAGCAGAUGAACCACAGCCAGCUCGCGUUUCAGGCGCUCCAGCAGCGCUUCAACCACAAUCACAGUCUCAGCCUGAGCCACUGCAACGGGCAACCGCAACACCACCAUCAGCACCACCAACAGCAACAUCAACAGCAGCAACAAACGUUGCAUCUGCAGCAACAACAGCAACAACAUUCCAGUAACAUGGCACAAAAACGUGAUCGUGAUCGUGAUCUCUCAACGUCAAAUGGCAACGGCAACAGUAACGGCAGCAACAGCAGCAACAACAACGCCAGCCACACCAGCAACAUAUCGCUGGAUCCAGCAGCAACAUCCAGCAAUUGCAGCUCCAACAGCAACAGUGGUGCCACGCCCCCCAAAACGAUGAUGGGAGGCAGCGGUCUGAGUGCUAAUCAUGUGGACGAGUAUGGAGUAUUCGGGGAAUACGUGGCCAUAACCAUACGCAAGUUAAAGACGCCCAAGUCGAAGAUAGUGGUGAAGCAUCUGAUCAACAAUCUGCUCUACGAAGCCGAAUUGGGAAAGUACGAUCACGGGAUGCCGGCCAGCAAGGAGCCACCGCAGCUGUACAAUAUGCAAUAGAACUAGGGAAAUACCAGGGGUCAGGAUUCGCGAUGAUAGACAAAUCCACCAAAAGAUAUAUAGGCAAACUACCGGGGGAGAGACAACGCACUAGUCAGCAAAGCAACAAUGGGUCAAAACCAGAGCCAACAAUUCUAUAACAAAAAACAAAAAUAAAUACGAAAUGGGGGGUUUAAUACACGUGGUAGUUGGGGGGGAUAUGAUGAGCAUUUCAUUCAGGGACAAAGACCAUAUAAGUACUUUAUCUAUAUACAUUUAUAAACACAUAAACGAUAUCAGUGAGUAUAUCCGAAGUCAGUCAGUUAAAGGAGUGCAGUUGAAGUAGUAGGGGUGAAACAAACAUACCAUUAAUUAAAUUGAAUUAAUUAUAAAUGCUUUACGUUAGCUGUGUAUAUUUAUGUACACACACACAACCAUAUACAUGUGCGUAUAUGUAUAUAUAUAUAUCUACGUUAAUAAAUAUAUUUUUACGAUUAUCGUUUUUUGAUUUCACCAGCGUUAUAUUUUUGAUUUUCGUUUUAUUAUAUUUACAUUUGGCAAUAACACUUUGAACUCAGGUGCCUUUAUUUUUUUAGUCAAUUAAGCCUUGUUAUCUUAUGCAUAAAAGCGAAACAGCAAACAAACGCUAAAUGAUUGCAAAAAGUCUACAUGUAAAGCAAAUAAAUGAAGCCGUAACAACAUGUAAAUUUAAUUAACUUUUUAUCGCAUAUGUGAAUUCAUAUGUAAAAACUUAAUUCUGUAAAUAGACUAAAUAAUAAAAAACAAGAGAAAAGAGAAUAAUGAAACAUGAAAUGUGCAAAUCUUAAUUUUUGUUAUGCAUAACUAAUUUGAAUCGAGCAAAGGGCUCCAAAUAAAAAUGCAGAAAUGUUGAAUUUCAUUUUGAAAAUGA